AUGUCUACAUGGGAUAGCACCGAAUGUUGUGCAGUUGAUAACCUCGACAGCAUGCCAGUUGCAGGCCGAAAUGACGCUGACGUUACGCUAAUCUGGCAAAACUUAACCAUAACGCCUGUUCGAAGGCUGUCGGCCGGUGUGCAGCUUCCAAUACUGAACGACAUAAGCGGCACAUUACUACCGGGGACACUGGUUGCCCUAAUGGGACCUAGUGGAGCAGGCAAGACGACCCUAAUGUCCGCUCUAGCCUUUCGGAUGAGUGAUAAUAUGACUACCGUCGGAGACAUUCGUGUUAACGGAUGUCCGAUAGGGCCGUACAUGUACAACAUCAGUGGAUACAUCUAUCAGGACGAGCUACUGCCGGAAUCGAUCACCGUGCAGGAACAUCUGCAGCUGAUGGCAAACCUGAAGCUCGGGAAGCGCGUAUCGGCCGAGCGGAAACGGGCCAUGAUCGCGGACAUCCUCUCCAAGACUGGUCUCGAACGGUGCGCCAACACGAAGAUUGCAAACGCCACCGGCAUCGGCAAAACAUUGUCAGGAGGCGAGAAGAAGCGGCUCGCCUUUGCGGUGGAAAUGCUGUCCAAGCCAAAGUACCUGUUUUGCGAUGAGCCAACCACCGGGCUGGAUUCGUACAGUGCACGCCAGUUGGUGGAAAUGAUGAAAUUGCUAACACGCUGCGGUACAACCGUACUGUGCAGCAUCCAUCAACCCGCGGAAAAGCUGCUGUACGAGUUCGACAGCCUCAUACUGCUGACCGGCGGACGGACGGGUUUCAUCGGAUCACCGAACGAAGCGGUACAGUUCCUGCGAUUGCAGGGGCUGGAGUGUGCGGACGGUUACAAUAAGGCGGACUUUCUCGUCAAAGUCCUUUCGAGCCCGACGGAUGGUAACGCCAAGGGCAACCGUUUCACGACGGCUGCGAUCUGUCCGGAAACGAUUUGCAACAAUUACGCCGCGAGCGAGGCUGCUCGGCGACAGGAGUCGCUCAUCAGUGCGGAACUGUAUCGUACGGCGGUGGAAGGAAGGGAUAAAGCGUUCCGCAAACAGCUAACCAAGGAUCGUGGCCGUUGCUGGUUUUAUACACUGUACUGGUUAAUGUAUCGCCAUGUGCUGCAAUCACACCGCAACCCAAACUUGCAGUAUUUUAAAAUUGUUCAACGAAUAGGUAUCGCAAUACUGGUAGGACUUUGUUUUUCGGAUGCUAUCGAAUUAUCGCAACGAGGCGUGCAGGCGAUGCAAGGUGUUAUUUUUCUGAUAGUCUCAGAGAACACGUUCCUGCCGAUGUACGCCGCCUUAUCAAUGUUUCCCGAAAGUUUCCCGCUGUUUCAGCGUGAGAAGAAGGCUAAUCUUUACGGCACGGUUCAGUUCUACAUUUCCAGCAUUCUGUCGAUAACUCCGUUCGUAUUGCUGGAGACUUGUGCAUUCAUCCUCAUCGUGUACUUCCUUGCCAACCUCCGGCCUACACUCCUCGGAUUAGCUGUCACAGUGGCUAUUUCCGUGCUGGUGAUGAACGUGUCGAUCGCCUGCGGCUGCUUCUUCUCGACACUGUUCCCAUCGGUCGCAUCCGCGAUGUCGUAUUUGGUGCCAUUCGACUACAUUCUGAUGAUUACAUCCGGAAUUUUUAUCAAAAUCUGGUCCAUGCCUACCUACUUACGCUGGAUGCCGUUAAUUUCCUGGAUGAUGUUCGCCAGCGAAGCAAUUUCGAUUGCUCAAUGGGAUGGGGUGAAAAAUAUCGAAUGUUCCAACAUAAUUCCGAGCAUUUGCCUGCAUAACGGAGAACAAGUGCUGGAUCAAUAUUCGUUUAGCAGCCAGCAUCUACGCACGGACAUUGUGGCACUCGUUGGCCAAUACUUUAUUUACCAUGUGCUGGCAAUGCUAUGCCUGGCUAGGCGAGUAUCACGACAUUAA